AUACAUAUAUGUAUAAUGAUAAAGCAUUAGUUUUUGUGUAUUUCCCCAACAGUAAGCAUCCGGAUCUUUUUUCGCAACGUAACUAAUUUUAUACUCACCCAAAAUGCAGUUAAAUAUUAGUUGCAGCGAGGAACUCACGGACGAAUUGGCCAGAUUUUCAGGCAGAUAUACGGUACAGCCCGAUAGUUUAUCAAACUUCGAUGUGCAUCUCGAGAAUCAUCAAAUAGAAGCUCUCCAGUGGAUAAACCUGUGUGAGAAUAUGGAACCAUUUGGUGGUAUCCUGGCCGAUGACAAAGGAUUAGGCAGUACGUGUACUAUAAUUUGCUGGCUACUCCUCAAAAAACUGGAGAAUAGGCACUCCACACACUCGAACUAUGCUGGCGAAACUCUGAUUGUAUGUCCAAAAGCUAUCCUGACCCAGUGGGUAGAUGAGAUUAGAGCUGUGGCGGGUGAUCAGCUUAGGGUCUAUGAGUACAUCGGAAAAAAUCGCGACAUCAACAACAUUUCUAACGCUGACAUUGUGAUCACCACCUAUAGAGUUGUAACGUAUGAUGCGAAGAAAGAAACGAAUCCGCUGAAUCUCAAAUGGCGUCGCCUCAUUUUGGAUGAGGCUCAAGCCAUAAGAAAUACCAAUGCGGAAUGUUCAAAAGCAAUCUGCGCUCUGAAUAGCCAUUUUCGAUGGGCUGUGACUGGAGAUCCAAUCCAGAAUAACGAAAAAGAUUUUAUGGCAUUGCUCGGCUUUCUGUGCAGAGGACAGUUAAGGAAGGAUAAACGUUUGUGCUUAAGGCGUACAAUGUCUGAUGUUCACUCAACUGAACAGAUUCAGAAAUUUCCAACUUUAAAUGAAUUUUCCAUUGAAGUAGAACUUAAUGUACAAGAAAGAAUAUUGUAUGACAAAGUUCGUAACAAACUGGAUCGACAAGUCCAGAGGCGCUCCAUGAUACACUUGGUGCGGGUGCAACGCCUUCAACAGCUAUGCUCUCAUCCAUAUCUAAUCCGAUCGAUGGGCAUAAUUAAACGGGAGCAAUACGAAGGCGAAGGAUAUUUCGACUACAGUAACACAUCUGAUGAUAAUGUUCUGAGCCUAAGGAAUCCCAUCUUUGACCGGGCCUCUCCUUCAACGAAAAUUCUUAAAGCUUCUGAGAUAAUUGAUCGAUGCAUACUGCAAAAUAAGGAGAAAAUCAUUGUAGUAUCGCACUGGAAAGAACUGCUGGAAAUAUUGAAAGAAUAUUUAAAUACCGGCAGCAGAGAACUAAGAAUUAUGACGUUAACUAGCAGUAAUACGCAGGAUACAAUCAAAAAUUUUAACGAAUCUGAUGAGCCUUGCGUUCUGCUCCUCACUUUGGGAUUAGCGAAAUCUGGUUUAAAUUUAUAUGGAGCCAAUUCUUUGUUGGUCAUGGAUUCUCACUGGAAUCCGCAUCUGAAACCACAAAGCGCCAUCUAUCGGAUGGACCAGCGAAACAGAAAUGUUUCCGUUUAUCAGCUCGUGUGCAAGGAUACGGUGGAUGGCACAAUUCAACAGGUGCAGCAAAAUAAGUUGAAUUUAGCCUUUCAAGUUCUCAGAGCGAGUGCUAUUUCAACAAUUCGAAGAGUUAUUAAAUAUUUUCAGAGUCUAUGGCUGUAAUUUUUAUUUUGUAGAAUUGUAAAUUGUCAAUAUAUCAAACUAGAAAUAUUA